GCAUUGGUGGUCAAGCUCAACCAGGAGGCCUCCAUCGUCCCUGAUGAGUCCGCCCAGUCUGUGCCUGCGUUCAAGCCCAUCGCCCUCGCCGACCUCGUCGAGGGCCAGGUGCUGCAGUUGGAGGUGGUGAUGAGAAACCAGUUGCCGCUGCGGGAGCUGAAGGUGAG